CUCUCUCUCUCUCUCCUCUCUCUCUCUCUCUCUCUCUCUCUCUCUCUCUCUCUCUCUCUCUCUCUCUCUCUCUCUCUCGGCAUCCGGCUGCUGCUUCCUCCACAAACCUCUCUCCAAUUCCACCGUAAACGACGACAGAGCCAAAGAUCUCACCUUUGCGACGGCAAGGUAGGCGCUUGGAGAUCAGAGAAAUGUCAACCCAGUUUGCAUCCGAGCAUGUUUGCUAUGUCAACUGCAACUAUUGCAAUACCAUCCUGGUGGUGAAUGUGCCGAACACUUGUUCCUACAACAUCGUGACUGUUAAAUGUGGGCAUUGCACAAUGGCGCUCUCGAUGGAUCUCAGUCCUUUCCACCAGGCACGGAUUGUUCCAGACAACCAGGUUGUUCAGAACAGAGGAUUUCAUCAAUACAAUAAUUUUGGGAGCUAUGAGCCAGCCUCCAGAAAUCUACGAAAUCAGUCCAUGUACCAGAUGUCAAACAAUCAGCCACAAGUGCAACCAAUGCGACCCCCAGAGAAGAGACAGCGUGUUCCGUCAGCAUACAACAGAUUCAUCAAGGAAGAAAUACAAAGGAUAAAGACUAGCAAUCCAGAGAUUAGCCACAGGGAGGCAUUCAGUGCUGCAGCAAAGAAUUGGGCUCAUCUUCCUCGGCUCCAUUUCGGCCUGAGUGUCGCCGACGGUGGCGGCGGCAGCAGCUAGAUCAUCGCUGAUGCUGUGCUUGCUACAUAUGUCAAGAAGAUAGAUCGAGCGCUGCGUACGCGUAUGCGCACGCUGACGAUCGAUGGAGAACUCUUCACCAUCAGCUUAUAUAUAGUUAAAGCUGUGCUACAUGUAUUCUGCUACCGGGGUUUGUGUGAGUUUUUAAGUGUGGACUGCUGGUGAUAAUCUGUAUUUCUCGGACCUAGUUGUGUGCGUGCAUGUUCUGCGUUCAGCAGUGAUCGAUGUGUGCAUGCUGGAGAUUAUGUAUAUUGCUAAAUAAAUGGAAUUAUUUGUGCACCAA